AAUGCUGCCAUUCCAUUAAAUUGAAACUCUGAGGCACGAAAAGCUCGAUGUCAGUGUCAUUUUGAGCACUAAUGUGUGCGAGAGUUUUGUGGUGUCUUCGGGUAUUGAAAAAAGGUGUUAUUAAAAAAUAGGAAUUAUGCUAAGAAAACGCAUUUUAUCUGCCCAUACUGAUAAAGUAAAUUUAGUUUUAUUCCAUCAUUUUAUUUUUAUCUGAGUAACCCGUGAAGUUAAAAAAUCCAAAGUGAGACGCGUAAGUCUUUGCAACCACGGAAAUCAAUCAGUGUGACCACUAGACGACCAUCUCAACGUGCCAAUAGAAUCAUACCUGGGAGAAUAUAUUUGAGUGGAGAAAAAAAAUUGUUUUCUGCAUUAGAAAUCGUGUGCCAAAAUUCGCAAGAUAACACUCAAUUUUAGAGUUAGACCAACACAGGAGGGUGAAAAAUGCAACAUCCUAAUUAGAUGACUAAAUGACCACAUUAUUCAAUAAUUACCCCUACACCCUCCUUGUUGCACAUCUUAGUGAUUAGAUAGAUUCAAAUUUUAUUCCAAAAAUAACUUCUCGGGAAGUGGGGGCGUGUGGAGAGUAUUCCAAGAGGAAAUUGGUAAAAGAGGAGGACGAAGGAAAUCUAUUGAAAGAAGUAUGAUCAUUGAACGAAAUAAGGGGCGCAAGAAGAGAUCAAAUUGAUUGAGAUUUAGUGGGGCGACAUGGGGAAUUGCUGGACAUGCUUCAAGACACCCACGGAAUCUUCAGCAGGAGAUUGUGCCACAAGCGCUACCGAAAGAACUGCCAAUGACAAUCGUGAUGCAUCUGAACGCGGUGAAACCGACGAGCUGUUGAUCAACAACAGUCCUGUUCACAUGACAAAUCUGCACUCCAAUUCGGGCUAUCUUACACGACCAGUACCCGUUUUGAAUGGGAAUGCCAACACAAUGGGAGACAUCAUUGGAACAAUAAAAGACUCCCAGCAAAUUUCGGACAACACACUCGUUGCUCUGUAUCAGCGCUACAAAGAUCCACAUGAGGAUGCCAUUUUGUCCGAAGGCAUUGAACGCCUCUGUAGUGAUUUGCGCUAUAAACCCGAUGAUUUUGCAAUUUUGGUGCUGGCCUGGUGCCUAGACGCCUCGCAAAUGUGCCGUUUUACGCGCCAGGAAUUUGUUCAGGGUCUGAGAAAUCUCAAUGCAGACACCGUGGACGGUAUCCGCCUACGCCUAGAGCAAACGGUGGAAAAGCUCAAAGAGGAUUCCGAACUCUUCAAGCAAUUGUACAGAUUCACCUUUGGGUUUGGACUGGAACCGGGACACCGAACACUCUCUCUAGACAUGGCAAUCAUUUUAUGGCGCCUUGUCUUUACAGUUCAUACGCCCAAGCUUCUGGAUCGAUGGCUGUAUUUUUUGGCGCAACACGCCCAAAUACGCGGUGUGCCGAAGGACACCUGGAAUAUGUUUCUCAAUUUCGCGGAAACUUGUGAUAUCACGUCGUACAAUGACGAAGAAGCGUGGCCCAGUCUCUUUGAUGACUUUGUCGAAUAUGAAAACGAUCGAGCCAAUCAAAAUGUGACGGAGAAGGUGGAUGAGGAGGAUACACGACAAACCCUCCGAUCUGAUGGGAGUUUAUAGUAUUUUGGCAAAAUUCCCCACGAUAGAACACAAGAGGGUGCGAGGGGGUAAAAGGUGGGCAAGGCUUUUAUGGGGGAUAAAGAAACACUAUAUAUAUUUUUCUCAAAUUAUUAAAAACAAAAUGUAACGUGGCAUGCAAUUUUGCUGUGUUUGUCGAAACGAAAGGGAAUAUGUAUAUUUUAUCUCUUCCAGCGCAAAUGGAUGAGAGGAAAUCGAUAAAAAUAUCAAAAGAUAUUUUUUAGCUUAAUUUAUAAAUUAAUAUCACUCUAUAUUUUAUUUGUUUAUUUAUAUCUGUUUUUUUACGAGAUAUUACUUAAAUUCUAUUUGCAUUCAAUUUCUCUUUUAAACAAAAGAAAACAUUGUAAUCUUCAACGCAUUUUCUUUUUAAUUUUCCGUCUCAAGUUUAGAUAAAAAAGAAAAUUCAUGAAUGUGAUUUUGCCUUGUAUAAAAAAAAUUUGUGAAACGUCCAUGAAACAUGGAGCCUACUGAGAUUUUCUCUUUUUUGUAAUUUAAGCGCAGAUAUUUUUUUUAAAUUGCAUUCGUAAGCAUAGUGAGAUUUCUUUUCUCCCGAUUUAUCCAUAUCCAUAAAAAUAGUGUAUAUUUUAAAUGUGAGGAAAAAAUGAAAAGUGCGUACAAAUAAAGAGGAAACAUUUUUAAAAACGUA